AUGUUGCGAGUGCAAUUGAAAAAUUGUUAUAUAGGAGCAUUGAAGCGAUUCAUGAUGCAGAUCGUGGAUGAUGUGUGCCUGUCAUUUCCAAACAACAAAUUAGACUACAAACUUCAAAGAAACAACAACAUCAACAAACGAACAAAAAACAGAAGUAGAAGGAUAUUCACAUUUGAAACAGAAACAAAUUCAACACAUAACGAAUCCGAAAACAACAUCAACAACAACAACAACAUUAUCAACAACAACACCAACAACAAUAACAUUAUCAACAACAACAACAACAUCAACAACAACAACAUCAACAACAUCAACAUCAACAACAUCAUCAACAACAACAUCAACAACAACAUCAACAACUACAAUAGGGAUGCUGACGUGGUUGCGCAACAAUGUAGAGACACCAGAUUGAAACCAACGACACAUUUAAUUGUUGCUCUGCCGAAGAGUUUGAAGAUAGGCGUUGUAAAACUUUUUGUGAAGAAGCAACAUUCCAACAGUUUGUUGCUCAACAAUUGGUCUCGCCUCAACAAAACCAGUAAAGUUAUUUAUGAACGGUUUCGAUUUUUCCAUACCCUCCUCAUCAUCAUCGUCUUCUCCAUCGCUGUGGCCAUCCUCAAUCUUAUUGAGUCGAAUUGUCUUAAUGAAGAGAUGGAAUCGUUUGAUCAUCCAUUCCCGAUUUAUCGGGCCACAUCGCCACAGCGACAUAACAAUAAUAUAACACCUGUUCUAUCUAGCCAGUACUUCUGCAUUUACACUAUGCGUCAACACCAGGUUCACUUUUAUCGUGCAGCGCUUAACUCUUAUGAAGUGUCGAACAUGCAAACCACGACAGUAUGGUAUGGUGUGUUUGAAAUAAAAAGUUAA